AUGAGCUUUGCACCCAAUUCACCCGCACCCACCGAGGAUCAGAACAGGCUUCUCGAUGAAGUCCUCAAUGUCGUCAAGGUCCAAGCACAUCAAAUGAAGAAAUGCCUUGAAAACAAUCGACUUAUGGAUGGCCUCAAACACUGCUCGAACAUGCUAGGCGAGUUACGUACUUCAGCCUUGACGCCUAAGAACUAUUAUGAGCUUUAUAUGGCCAUCUUUGACGCUUUGCGACACUUGUCUAUAUAUCUUACCGAGGCGCAUCAAAGUGGACGACAUCACCUUGCCGACUUGUAUGAGCUCGUUCAAUACGCGGGAAACAUAGUGCCACGCCUAUAUCUCAUGAUCACAGUGGGAGCUGCUUACAUGGGAAUGCCUGAUGCUCCGGUGCGAGAAAUUAUGCGUGACAUGAUGGAAAUGUCUCGAGGUGUACAACAUCCCGUUCGUGGUUUAUUCUUGCGCCAUUAUCUCAGUGGUCUCACACGCGACAACCUUCCCGAAGGAGAAAGCAAAGGACCCGAAGGCAAUGUCCAAGAGUCCAUCCAAUUUGUCUUGACCAACUUUACAGAGAUGAAUAAGCUUUGGGUCCGUUUGCAACAUCAAGGCCAUUCUCGUGAUCGUGAAAAACGUGAGGCUGAACGUCGUGAACUUCGGAUUUUGGUGGGUACCAACCUUGUACGCUUGAGUCAGCUGGAAGGUGUUGAUCUUGAAACAUACCAAACAACUAUCCUCCCUGGUAUCCUGGAUCAAGUCGUCAGCUGUCGUGAUGUGAUUGCUCAGGAGUAUCUUAUGGAAGUCAUCAUUCAGGUGUUCCCUGAUGAGUUCCAUCUUCGCACUCUCCAACCUUUCCUUUCUGCUACUGCUCAGCUGCAUCCCAAGGUCAACGUUAAGCAAAUCAUCAUUGCUUUGAUUGAUCGUUUAGCCGCCUAUGCUGCUCGUGAAGCGGAUGUUGAAAUGUCACUCGAAGCCAAGCGUGAACAAGAAGAUCGUGUACGACGUGCUGUGCUUGCAAAGAAACGCAAGAGCGACACCGAUGAGGAAGUCGAAGCAGAGGAACCGACAAAGGAAGAACAACCACAAGAGCCUGUUCAGGAGCCAAAGGAGGAGAAGGAAGAAGAAAUUGAGCAGCCACUUGAAGAAAAGGAUGAUGCCGAAGCCGAGAAAAAGGAGGAUGAGGAUGAGAAGGAAUCCAAAGAGGAAAGCACUGAAGAGCCUGCAGCUGCUACCACUGAAGAAAAGAAGGAAUCGACCACUGAGGAAUCUGAAAAAGUGGAUGACAGUGACAAUGUCAAACGUGUGCGUGGUAUCCCCGAGGAUGUUGAGUUAUUUGCAGUCUUCUGGAGCCAAAUUGUUGAAUUGGUCAAGGUCCGCCCCGAUCUCUCCAUUCAAGAUUUGACAGCAUUGCUCGUCUCCUUGAUCAAUCUCUCAUUAUCAUGCUACCCUGAUAAGCUCAACUAUGUCGACCAAAUCUUGGGUUACGGCAAGGAGAAGAUGACCGAGUAUUCAGAUUCCCCUGAUCUUCAUUCAAAGGCAACCGAAGCCAGCCUCCUCGCCCUCUUGUUGGCACCUAUCAACCAAUACACCUCAGUCCUCACGUUGCUUGCACUUGACAACUAUCAGCCUUUAUUGUCAUUGCAGCCCUUCACAACACGACGUGCAGUUGCCCAUGCCGUAGUUUCAAGUGUUUUGCGCAAUGAGACGAUCAUUGGCACUCCCGAAGAUGUUCAUGGUGUAUUAGAGUUAUGUGACGUCUUGCUGCAUGAGCAAAAGGAUGCUCCAGUUGCCACAACUACCGCCGCUUCGCCAAUGUAUGCUCGUAGCCGAAAACCAGAAUUCACAAGUAUCGAGGAUGAAGAAUUUGCAGAAGAACAAGGUUGGGUGGCCAAGAUGAUUCAUCUCUUCCGUUCAAAGGACGAGGAUACACAAUUCUUGCUGUUGUCCACGGCACGCAAGUUACUUGCAAAUGGUGGUGAUCGUAUUCGCUAUACAUAUCCAUCAUUGGUGAUUUCAGCCGUCAAACUUGCCAGACGAUACCGUUUACAAGAGACUCAGGAUGAUAUUUGGGAGAAGAAAACGUCAGCUUUGUUCCGUUUCAUCCACCAAGUCAUUUCAACGCUUAACAACAAAUGCGAUUAUGGAGAUAUUUGUUUGCGACUAUUCCUUGUGGCAGGUCAAAGCGCUGACGAGAGUGGUUUUGAAGAGAUUGCAUACGAAUUCUUUGUUGAAGCAUUCACCAUUUAUGAGGAAGCUAUUUCUGAAUCACGGGCACAGUACCAAGCAAUCAUUUCCAUCAUUGGUGCUCUCCAGCAAACACGUGUAUUCUCUGCCGACAACUAUGAUACGCUUAUCACCAAGGCGGCAUUACAUGGCGCCAAGCUACUCAAAAAGCCUGAUCAAUGCCGUGCAGUAUAUCUCUCAUCGCAUUUGUGGUGGAUGAAUGAACGCUCUGAAGAAGAGGAUCGGGAUAGUCUCUUCCGUAACGGCAAGCGUGCACUUGAAUGUCUCCAGAAGGCUCUCAAGAUUGCUGACAGUUGCAUGGAUGCUGCCACUAAUGUGGAGCUUUUCGUGGAGAUUUUGAAUCAGUACAUUUACUACUUUGAAAAGGGCAAUGAUGCGGUUACUCCCAAGUACCUCAAUGGUUUAAUCGAUCUUAUCAACACAAACAUGGGCAACAUGGAUAACCCGGAUCAACAUCCUCCCACCGCCAAUUCAUCUUCGCUUGUGGAGAUCCAAGGAUCGAUGGCCGAGUAUGUCCAACGCCACUUCCAAGACACUCUUAAGCUACUUAAACAGCGCAAGGAAUCAUCCUCCAGUAAUGAAUGGGAAGGUGCCAAGUACAGCGAGGUUGAAACCAUGUAG